CAGGGCUGGCGGGAGCCCUCGAUUGGCGUUGAGAAGUGGCUAGGUCUGAGCUUGGGAGUGCCCGCCGCCGGAGCCUUUGAGCUGGUGUUGUGCUGACGGCUGUGGCCAGGGAAUUUCGAAUGAGACAGAGGGAGACGGCGGCGCGGAGGACAGAGGAGACGGGGAGGGGAGAGGAAAGGGAAGGGAAGAAGACCGUAAGGACGACAACGAAGGGAAGCGUCCAGUGAGCAUCUCCAGUGACCAUGACGACUGAACUUGGUUCAGAAACAAAAGUAAAGGAAUCAGAGAAACUGGAAACAAAUGUGGCAAAGGAAGAUGCUGGGGAUGCACCAGAAAGUCGAAAGGACCAGGAGUCUGAAAUAGCAGAAGGUUCUCCUGUUCCCCAGAAUCCACCUAGCCAAAGCAGCCCUAAAAGUUCAAAGAAGGAAAAGGAUCCAUCUGAAAGCAAGGGUAUUUCUCGCUUCAUUCCACCCUGGCUUAAGAAACAAAAGUCAUACAGCUUAACAGAACCCAAAGAUGAAGAUAAGAAGAAACAGUUGGCAGUAGUGGAGGAAGGUGAAUGUCCAGUUCCAGAAGAGACAACUCAGCCUAAGGAAAAACAGGAAGACUUUACUGUGAAUCAGCAACAAGCUAAAAACGAUGACAAAGAUGGAAAAGAUUCUGUUAGUAGUGCUGAGACACAGCCUGCAAAAGAAGACAGUAAAGUUCUUGUUUCUGAAGAAAAGGAAGAUAAACAAGGGACUGAGGAAGGUAAAAUGGAGACCAAAGAAGUGCAGACAGCUGAAGCUGAAAUUGAGCAGGCUGUUCAGAAAACUCCUAAGAAGAUCAGAACUGUCCAGUGUAAAGUAAUACUAUUGGAUGGCACAGAAUACAGCUGUGAACUUGAGAAAAGAGCUAAAGGCCAAGUGCUGUUUGACAAGGUGUGUGAACAUCUCAAUUUACUGGAAAAGGACUAUUUUGGUUUGUUAUUUCGAGACCACUCUGAGCAGAAGAAUUGGCUUGAUCCUUUAAAAGAAAUCAAGAGGCAAAUUCGAAAUUUACCCUGGCUAUUCACGUUUAAUGUGAAAUUUUAUCCACCUGAACCUUCACUUUUAACAGAAGACAUUACCCGGUACUUUCUAUGCUUACAGCUUCGUCAGGAUAUUGCUUCUGGCCGCCUACCAUGUUCUUUUGUGACUCAUGCUCUUCUCGGUUCAUAUACUCUGCAAGCUGAACUAGGUGACUAUGAUACAGAGGAGCACAACAGUGAUUACAUUGGGGAAUUCCAGUUUGCACCCAACCAGACAAAAGAGAUGGAGGAGAAAGUAAUAGAAUUGCACAAAUCUCAUAGAGGUUUGACACCAGCACAAGCAGAUUCCCAGUUCUUAGAAAAUGCAAAAAGGCUUUCUAUGUAUGGAGUGGAUUUACAUCAUGCCAAGGAUUCUGAAGGUGUGGACAUCAUGCUUGGAGUAUGUGCCAAUGGGCUGCUUAUUUACAAGGACAGACUCCGUAUAAACCGUUUUGCCUGGCCCAAAAUUUUGAAGAUCUCUUAUAAGCGCAGCAAUUUCUAUAUUAAAGUUAGGCCAACUGAGCUGGAACAGUUUGAGAGCACUAUUGGGUUCAAGCUGCCAAAUCAUCGAUCUGCGAAGAGAUUAUGGAAAGUUUGUGUGGAGCAUCAUACUUUUUAUAGACUGUUAUCCCCAGAACAGCCUCCGAAGGCAAAGUUCCUGACAUUGGGUUCAAAGUUCCGGUACAGUGGACGUACUCAGGCACAGACACGCCAGGCUAGCAACCUCAUAGACAGACCUGCUCCUUACUUUGAACGCACCUCAAGCAAACGUGUCUCCAGGAGUCUUGAUGGUGCUCCAGUAGGUAUCACAGACCAGAGCCUACUUAAGGACUUCUCUGGUGAUAGGAAUUUUGAAGCUGCUGGACAGUCUAAAUUUAAAGAUGGAGAAGAUGAAGAUGGAGGCUUAGCUAAAAUGCCACAGUUUGAAGAUGGAAAGGCAACUGCACUGAAUGUCUCUAAUGACAGUAAAGAUGAAGCUGAGGAACAGGAGAUGGAGACAGAAGAGGAAGACAUCCAGAAGAAGGACCUGGAUAAGAGCCAGGAUGAAUUACUGAAGCAUCAGGCUAGCAUUAGUGAACUCAAGCGCAAUUUUAUGGAAUCCACACCUGAGCCACGCCCCAAUGAAUGGGAAAAACGUCGUAUCACACCUCUGUCUCUGCAGACACAAGGGAGCCUAGAAGAGGAGAUAGCAUCAAUUUUAUUUAGUAAAGAAAGUUUUUCCACUAGCAUGAAAACUGCCUUCACUUCAGCUACCUCGUGGACAGCAGAGGGCACUGUUGUGAAAGAUAAUGUACCUUCUGAAAAGCUUUCUGCCUCACCCUUCUCUCAGCUGCCUGAGAAAUUUGCUCCCAAAACAGAAGGGCCUCUCACUGGAACCAGCAGGACUAUUAAGAGUUCACAUGAGACUCUGAAUGUAGUGGAGAAGAAGCAGGCAGAGGUUGGGAUAGAAGAGACAGUAGUCACUGAUGAUACCCAAAGGGGCAAAAUACAAGUUAUCUCUGAUGGUGUUGAAUCUCAGAAGAUGGAGCAUCUCUCCAAAAAGGAUUCUUCAUCCUUGUCAUCAGACAGCAGCAGUAAUGAAAGUGAAGAUGAAGUAGAAUAUCAGCCACAUCAUCGAAUGAUCCAGGAAGUAAUAAAAGAAGAAGUAGAAGAGAAUGACGAUAUCAAAGAGGAAGAAGAACAGAAGACAAAAGCAGUAGAGUAUCCAGACAUUUCACAAGAAGUCAGCCAGGUUAAAGCAAAAAUUGAGCAUCCACAAGCAGCAGAAGCUUUAGUCCAGAUAAAUGAUGUACCCACAAAGACAUCUGAGGAUAGAAACUCAAUAAAAUUGAAUGAGCAAGGCCCAGAAGACGAGAGGAAGGAAGAACAGAAACUAAAUGGAGAAGCAUCACAUAUUGACAUUGAUGUGUCAUCACAAAUAAUUUGUUGCUCUGAGCCUCCAGUGGUUAAAACUGAGAUGGUGACCAUUUCAGAUGCUUCACAAAGAACUGAAAUCUCCACUAAGGAAGUACCCAUUGUUCAGACAGAAACUAAAACGAUCACGUAUGAAUCUCCCCAGUUUGAUGGUGGUAGUGAUGCUGGUGUACUGCUGAGUGCACAGACGAUCACAGCAGAAUCUGUUUCUACAACCACAACCACACAAAUCACUAAGACAGUGAAAGGUGGUGUGUCAGAAACCAGAAUUGAGAAACGGAUUGUUAUCACUGGAGAUGCAGACCUUGAUCAUGAUCAGGCAUUGGCACAAGCCAUUAAAGAAGUCAAAGAGCAGCACCCUGACAUGUCUGUAACCAGAGUGGUGGUGCAUAAGGAAACGGAGGUAGCAGAAGAAGGAGACUAAGAAUUAUGAAGAUUUAUUUGUGAAUGAGAAGAACUUUGAUCAUUCCAAGUUGGUAUCUUCGUCACUGUUUCACUAAAUUCAUGAAGGCUGGCAAUGACUAGACAUCUCUGUAAUGAACUACCAACACCAAACUGUAUCUUCUCUGGUUCUUUAUCAUUUACAACUUUAUUUUUAUAAUCACUUCUUAACAUUCUUGGCUUUUUUAUGAGGGUUAGAGAUUUAUUAUUUUUUGCACAAUUCCCUGCCAUUUUUAUAUAACUGAUCUCUUGUUUGCAUGAAAGUGAACAAAAAUAUUUAGUAAACACUGUUCACUUGAGCAAGUGUAAAAUGCAGGAAAGACAGAAUAUUUGACUAAUUUAGAUACAACCUUUUCAAAAUGUUUCAGAUAGAACCUCUUAACUGGAAUGAUUUACAGAGGGUUUUUUCAAAUUAUUCAGGUAAAUAAAAUGUGUCAAAUAAUAUAAAAAGUACAUUGUUUUUACUUUUAAAAAAAGCUUUCCUAUAACUUAGGGAAGUAAAUUAAGAAUUCACCUGGACUUAAAUGGAUUUUUAUAUAAAUUCCUUGUAACUUUCUCUGUUCUGAGGGUCUCCCGCUUUCAAUGGGGAACUGGUGCUGAUAUAUUAUAGAAGAGAGGGAGUUAUAAAGACAUUUCUACUGAGUGAGCACUGUUCUAGUAACCUUUUUUUCUGCACUGCCGUGCCAUUGUUCAACUCUUCCUUCGUGGACACUUUGUAGUCUGCACCAUUCCAGGUAAGGUUGGAAGGACCUGCUCUCUUCCCUUCCAACAGAGGUAAUCUAGGCAGCUUUAAAACCUUAGUGCUUUUCUCUUUAAUAUGUUAUAUGUCAAACACUUCCAUUAUAUAAUACACAUGCAGUAUGCUUGCAUUAUAUUAAAACUCAUUGUCCACAUGUUACAACUAACUCUUCUGUUAAAGCAGUUAUACCUGAUUUUGGAUAGUUUUCCUGAUAACCUGUACAGGUUUUAAGGACAUUGUGGAACCAGAGGUGCAUGCUUGGGACCAUUCUUAUAAGCAGUAUGAGAACCAUCUCUAUGUGAUGAGGCUGCCAGUGAGGAAGUCUGUAUGAAAACCUGUUAAUUCUCCCUCCCACACACACUCCGCUGUUCACCAUGUGUAUAGUUGAUGCCAUAUUAAAUUUGAAGCAGUUUCAGGUUGUAUUAAGUGAUAUUUUGCUUUCUGUAAUACUAUUAUAAAAUAAAGUUUGUUUAUUCUCUAAA